CGCCACGCUCUCCUAUCUUGUCAAUGGAAGGGGAGCUGGGGGGCAGCAAUGCCAGCACGGCCGGUGGGGAGCAUUCCGCGCCGAGCGGCAGCGCUUGGACGGCCGCCUUCCUCGGCUUCAUCGUCUUCUUGACCAUGCUGGGGAACUUCUCCCUCAUCCUGCUGAUCUUCACCCAGCGGGCACUUCGCAACACCUCCAACUACUUCCUGGUGUCGCUGUUCAUGUCCGACCUGAUGGUGGGCUCGGUGGUGAUGCCGCCGGCGCUGCUGAACCAGCACUAUGGCCGCUGGGUGCUGGACGGCGCCUUCUGCUCCGUCUGGUUCGCCUUCGACGUGAUGUGCACCAGCGCCUCCAUCCUCAACCUGUGCGUCAUCAGCCUCGACCGCUACCUGCUCAUCAUCUCCCCGCUCAGGUACAAGCUGAGGAUGACAUCCUGCAGGGCUGUGUUGCUCAUCCUGGCCACCUGGACCUUAGCCGCCCUGGUCUCCUUCCUGCCCAUUGAGAUGGGCUGGCACAAGAUGGAGUUUGGCCCGCGUCCCUUCAAUGCCACCCUCCAGGCCGAAGAAGCAGGGCAGUGCCGCAUCGCAGUCAGCCUGCCCUAUGCCCUCAUCGCAUCGGGUCUGACCUUCUUCCUCCCGUCCGUCGCCAUCCUCUUCACCUACUGCCGCAUCCUGCUCGCCGCUCGGAAGCAGGCGGUGCAAGUGGCCUCCCUUAUCAACAACGUGUCCGUCGCAGCUGACGAAACCACUCAACAGGUCCACAGAGUUCACAGCCAAUCGACUGCCCUGAGCGACACCCGAAAAUUUGCCAACAAGCACAGCAGGAGAGCCCUGAAGGCCAGCCUAACUUUGGGUGUCCUUCUGGGGAUGUUUUUUGUGGCCUGGCUCCCCUUUUUCGUCUGUAACGUGGCCCAGGCAGUCUGCAAGUGCGUCUCGGAGGACUUCUUCGACACCCUGACUUGGCUGGGCUAUUGCAACAGCACCAUGAACCCAAUCAUCUACCCGCUCUUCAUGCGGGACUUCAAGAGGGCCAUGGCAAAGUACCUGCCCUGCUGCCGGGGGGCUUGGGACCGCCGCCCCAGCCCCAUCUCGCUCUCCAUGAGGAACUCAAACAGCGGCCCCCGGCCUGGCACGUCCCUCAAGAACGUCCUGGCGCUUCCGGGGGACACGGACUCAGCAGACUCCGUCACCCAAGUCCAUGACGACUGCGGUCAGCGCUUGGGGUCCCUCCCAGCCACGGGGGCCGAUUCGGUGACCCUUUUCAACUUGGAGAAAGCCACGGAGCAGGAGCUCCGUAUCCACCAUCUGAACACCCCCAUGGACUGAGACGGCCUGCCCGGGCCUCCCACCUGCCCUAGACAUUCACAAAGGACCUUGUGUGGUUAAACUAUG